AUGCAAUUACCCAACAUCAAGAUCAUGCUUGCAAGAAGUCAGUCCACGUCCAAGCCGCGUCGCCCAAAGAAAUCCCGCAAAAGUCCCACGUACUCGGCUGGGAAGCACAGUUGCCCACCACAUGUCGGAGACUGGCUGGACACGAGCUUGAUGGGCAACGAAUUGGAACAGCUUCUCAACUUCAAAGUCCACGCCAUCUUCCAUGUCCGCGAUGCAGACGAAAUUGAUGCUCUGUAUAACUCCUUCCACGCGCAGAUGCGAGCAUGUCAACCGCUUCUUCCAGGCUUCGAAACACGUCUUAGGGACCAUCCGCUCUGUGAAGAAGUCUACAAAAUUUACGAGGAUUUGACCGCAAGUGGCGUCGCCUUUUCUAGCCUUAGCAGAGAAGACUGGACGCGGGCGAAGGUCUUGAUUCUCUACGAAGAUCAAAACGAUAAGUCUAUUACCUUCCAGUUUAUCAAUGAUACUCAGGAAGAUCUAGAAGCUCGCGAGCAUAUACUCGAGUUACAGCGGACUGUGCCUGCGAAUAAUGUCGGAAUACCAAGGACGGCUAGACUGAGGAAGUGGAGGGAUGAGUGGUUCGUUGAUAUGUUCGGUCCAGUAAAGAGGCUAGAAUUCUGGGUGUGA